AAAGAAAGAAAAAAAAAAAAAAAGCUCCUUCACAGAAAACUUGGCAUAUAAGCUGAUAAAUAUAUGGAACUUUUAGAAGCCCGUCGUCGUAUACGGAGUAUAAAAAUACAUCAUUUGACUAGGAAAAAAAAAGAAAAAGAGGGGUGGAGAAUCGAUGUAAUUAUAAUGUUUAUUUUACAAAGGAAUCAAUGUCAAUGGAAUAAAAGGAAGAAACUAUUAGCAACAUUGUGGUAUAAGAAUAAAUUGUUUACAACAAAUACCUUAAAAGAAGAAACCGAUCUUGAUACAGCUAAUUAUUAUUUUGAAAAUGGAUUUCGAAAAGUAAAACCAUAUUAUUUUCAAUUUCGGGUUUUUGCAAAGCAAAGAAUGAUAGGCAAAACAGUCCUGAACGCAUUUUUAAGUGAAUUUCGGGGUCGAUCAGAGCAAUAUUAUAAAGAUGCGAUUGAAAAGGGACUAGUUACUGUUAAUUACAAACCAACAACUCCAGAUUCAAUUAUUAAAAAUCAAGAUCUUCUAAAUCAUUUUGUUCAUCGGCAUGAGCCACCUGUUACAGAUCAGCCUAUAGAGAUAAUUUAUGAAGAUGAUCGAUUAUUUGUUAUCAAUAAACCUUCAAAUAUACAGGUUCAUCCAGGUGGAAGAUUUAGACAUAACACAGUGAUUCAUGUUAUGCGAAAAGAAUUAAAUUACGACACAUUAUUUCCUUUGAAUAGGUUGGAUAGAUAUACUUCAGGAUUAAUGAUUAUUUGUAAAUCUUCUAUUAAUGCAAAUAGUAUUGCUGAACAAAUGAGAUCAGCAGAAAUUCAAAAAGAGUAUCUAUGUCGAGUUUCAGGGAAAUUUCCCAGGGAGCAGAUUAUUUGUGAGGCACCCAUCAAGACUCUUUCUUACAAAGUUUCUUUUAAUUAUAUUCACCCAGAAGGAAAAGCCUGCAGAACUCUCUUUGAAAGAAUCAGUUAUGAUGGAGAUACAAGCCUUAUUCGAUGCAAACCCUUAACAGGACGAACACAUCAAAUACGUAUUCACUUACGACAUUUAGGUUUUCCUAUUACCAAUGACCCCAUUUAUGGUUAUAAAACCCCUUGGACAUCUAUGUUAACAAAAAAUAAUUUUGAAUCUGUGAUUGAUAGUAUGAUUGAACAUGCGCCUUACGAUUAUAUGGAUGAUGACCCAUCUUCAACUUUGCCUCGUUGUUCUGAAUGUAAUAUACCUCUUAUUCAAGAUGGCCUUAAUGAUACCAAGAACUCUCUUUGGCUUCAUGCUUAUAAAUAUACUGGUAAAGAUUGGUCUUUUGAAACUCCUUCUUUACCAGUUUGGGUCAAUGCUUAAAAAAAAAUCUUUCUUUAUUCUAAAAAAAGGCAAAAGUACUAUAAGAGCAAUGUUUCUUAUCUACUAUAUAUAAAGUAAUUGUAACAGAUAUAUAUAUAUAUAUAUAUAUA